GGGCAGGCGCUGGUGCUGAUGAGUUCCUGCCGCUGCUGAGCCUCGUCGUGGCACAGUGCGACCUUCCCGAGCUGCUGCUGGAGACGGAGUACAUGUCGGAGCUGCUGGAGCCCACCCUCCUCACCGGGGAGGGUGGCUACUACCUGACCAGCCUCUCGGCCAGCCUGGCCCUGCUGAGCGGACUGACCCAGGCCCACACCGUCCCCCUGAGCCCCUCACAGGAGCUGCAGCGCUCCCUCAGCCUCUGGGAGCAACGCCGCCUGCCUGCCACCCACAGCUUCCAGCACCUCCUCCGAGUAGCCUAUCAGGAUCCCAGCAGUGGCUGCACCUCCAAGACCCUGGCUGUGCCCCCAGGGGCCUCGAUUGCCACCGUGAACCAGCUCUGUGCCACCAAAUUUCGAGUGGCUCAGCCUGAUACUUUUGGCCUCUUCCUGUACAAGGAGCAGGGCUAUCAGCGCCUGUCCCCUGGAGUCCUGGCCCAUAGGCUUCCCACCACCGGCUACCUCGUCUACCGCCAGGCAGAGCAGCCCAAGACCCAGGCGACAGCAACAGAGGAGGAGGGCAGUGGGCAGCCAGGGGCAGGGAGCGGGGAGGAGGGGAAACGGGGCCCAGGAGAUGGGGACGUUGCAGUCAAAGCCAGCCUCAGGGACAGGAAUGGAGAGUCUGAGACAACUGCUGAGGGGGCUGAGGGUCAGACCAGGGGAGGCCCUGCUCAGCCAGAGGAGCCAGAGGCUGAGAGGAGCCAGGCAGCACAGGAGUAGCUGGAAGCAGCCAGAAAGGCCAUUUGGGACAGGAGACUCAGAGGCUGCCAGGAAGGCCUUUCAGAGCCAUCAACCCUACCAGCCAAGGCCACAGCCACCUGGGCCACGGCGACCUCGGGCCCUUUCCUGUGUCUGCAACCACCUCUGUCUGAUACUUGUCUCUGUG